UAUAGCACCAAGGAACCCACCACCAGCAGACCAGACUUCACCAGAGAGACCCCUCUCUCUCUCUCUCUGUGUCUGUCUUUCUUGUGGAUCCACCAGGCUCGUCUUUAAGAAUAUACAGCAGCGAGCAGGCAAGACAACGCCCCAUCUCUCUUCUCUCUCUCUCUCUCUCUCUGUGGCUCUGUCUUUCUUUUGUUUCUUGCCGUUUUGGGGUGUGUGUGUUGGGUUGUGUGAAUUGGAGCGAGGAUGGGGAGGGGGAGACUGCAGCUGAAGAGGAUAGAGAACAAGAUCAACCGGCAAGUCACCUUCUCCAAGAGGAGGGCGGGUCUGCUCAAGAAGGCCCACGAGAUCUCCGUACUCUGCGACGCCGAGGUCGCCCUCAUCGUCUUCUCCGCCAAGGGCAAGCUCUUCGAGUACUCCACCGAUUCCUGCAUGGAGAGAAUUCUCGAACGCUAUGAAAGAUACUCAUAUUCGGAGCACCAAGUUCUUGCAAGUGAGACAGAAUCGAUUGGUAGCUGGACUUUGGAGCAUGCUAAGCUCAAGGCCAGACUUGAAGUUUUACACAGAAAUUAUAGGCAUUUCAUGGGAGAAGAUCUUGAUUCUUUGAGUCUCAAGGACCUCCAAAAUUUGGAGCAACAACUGGAGUCUGCUCUUAAACACAUAAGAUCGAGAAAGAAUCAGCUCAUGCAUGAAUCAAUCUCAGUGCUUCAGAAAAAGGAUAGGGCAUUGCAGGAGCAAAACAACCUGCUUACAAGGAAAGUAAAGGAGAAGGAGAGGGCACUAGCGCAGCAAGCUCAGUGGGAGCAGCAAGACCAUGCCCUUGACUCACCUGUUGUUCUACCCCACUACUUGCCAUCUCUCGACAUCAAUGGCUCUUAUCAAGCGAGACACAACGGACACGAUGACGGAGAGAACCUGACUCAGCCUCGGGCUGGUACACUUCUUCCUCCGUGGAUGCUCCACCGUCUCAAUUAAGGCUUCGACAUAAAGGGAAACUUCUGCUGCUAUAUCUUUGAUAUGCAAUUCUGAAGUCCAGUUGAUGAAUUGCAUGGCAUAAUCUGGGGCUCUCCCCCACCCUUGUUCUAGCGAAAUAAACAUACCUCUGCUUUUUGCUGCAUUCAGUACUCCUAAGUGUGGUCCUCCGUGUAUGUAUAGCACCAUUGCAAAUAUGCAUACCAAUGUACAUGUAUGCAAAAUUAUAUAUGGUAGUUAACACAGCCAUAAAGCAGAUGGAGAAGUAUAUUGUUUGCUAGCAAAAGAGAUUGUCAAACUGUAUCAAGAUAUUCUGAUAUAUUGUCCUGGACUCCUGGUUGAAUA